UUCUUCUUCUUCUUCUUUAUACUGAACUUUGAUUUCAUCAGUUUAAACAAACCCUGAGGAUCGAAUUUGUUUCCUCUGAUUUCACGAUGGAGGAGGAGGAUACUUCUUACUUUCUUUCAAGAUUGAUAGAUUAUUCUCUUUCUUCUCCCUCUACAAUCGACAAACUACCGAAGAAACUCCUCAAGAAUAUUUUUGUUCAACUUCCGAUCAAAUCUCUCAUUUACUGUAAGUGCGUCUGCAAAUCUUUUCACUCAAUAAUCUCUCGAGAUCCAGAAUUUCUAGCAUUGCAACUUUCGAGAUCGUCUCCCGAGCUCUUAGUUUGUAAUCACCGCUUUAAUAGAACGAUUCUAAUCGAUUCUUUUGCGAACCGAGCUCGCGAUCUCGAACUCGUGUUCAAAGAACCUUCAGCUUCAAAGAAGAAAAAACGAAAAAGAAUCCCGUGCGGUAUGGUGGUCUUGAACUCCUGCCGCGGCCUGAUAUGCGUCCGACCGUGUGGUUACUCAGAACCCCUUUGCGUAUUCAAUCCCUUUACUCUGGAAUUUACCCUCAUCCCUGAAUCCGUUAAAAAGGAAAGAACAGAAAAGUUUAUUUACGGAUUCGGAUACUGUGCAAUUUCUGAUAAAUACAAGGUGUUGAAGAUGAUGACGAUGUUAAAGCCCUGCUAUCUAAAUGGUAUUAACCCACCUCUUCUUACUACUGAGAUUUACACACUGGGAACCCCUUAUUGGAGGAGAGUUGAAGAUGCUCCAAUGGUUAAAUACACAAACUACGUUCCUACUUUCUUGAAUGGAUACUUACAUUGGAUGAUAGAUGAGGUUGGGACUAUCAGUUCUCAUGGUUACAUGAUUUCAUUCGAUCUCAAUAAUGAGAAAUACGGACAAGUAGCUUUGCCUCCUCCUCUUGACAUCGGGAGAGAUACAAAACACAUGGAAAUCGCUAAACUUGGAGUGUUUGAAGGCUGGUUGACUGUAUUUGUGCUCAAUUCAAAUAAAAGAUUAGAUGUUUGGGCCAUGAAGGAGUACGGUGUUCGUGAAUCGUGGGUGAGAGAAAUUACUUUGGAUAUGUCACCAUUUUCAUUAUACUGGUCAUUUCCGGUGAAUUAUGUUAAUAAUGAUAGGAAAGAUCUGGUGUUUUUUAAUGCUCGUAAUGGCAUCUUUACAUAUAAACUCCUUGAGAGGAAGAUUGUGAAUUGUAUUAGAUUCAUUGGAGAAUGGCCUACAGAUGAUUAUCAAGCAAAAGCUCUACUUCAUGUGCCUAUUCUCAUGUCUCUCAAGGAACUUGUUGUCGGAGCUGAGGUCCAUCGCAUACCUCGAAGUUGGAAACGAACAGGUGAUAUAUCAUUUCCAUCCUCCCCCAGAAGAAGACUAAAUUUGCCCAGGAUAGUUUUUUCUCGUUAAACUUGUGUUGAAAC